UGGCCGAUAGUUGAGAACCUUGAAAACAUAAUUGGCGCAUCAUAUAGAAUUAUGUCAUAUAUUGAGGAUAUAUGUAAACAUGCAGUAAGUUAUGCCAUCCUGAACAGCCAAAUUGUCAAUGGUCUAUUUUUAUCUCCUUUUUCUCUCCACUCAUUUGGCAGCACUGAUUGAGCAACAUAACAAUUCCAUUCUUGGCCACCAAGCAAGUUAUCCCUCAUUAAAAAGGAACCAAACCAAGGUAGUCCCGGAGUCCCAAAGUGGUUCCAGCCUUCAAUUGGGUGAUAUUCUUGCCGUGCGGGUUUCCUGGACCGUGGCACGAUGGCCGUGGCCAACGUCGAACACAAAUAUCUGUUCAAGAAUCACGGCGUGGUCAAGGAGAUCCUGUUCCCCAACAAGGCCAUCCUGACUUUCAAGCUGGCCGGACAAGAAGAAAAGGCCAUUCUUCUGGCCAAAAACCUGACCCUCGACGGCCACACAUGGGAGGACAUUCCCAGCCAGCCCCAAAUCCUGAGCGACGUGCUCAAAACCGGCGAUGAGCUCGAAUUCGAUUGCCACAUCUACGACAAAGGCGGCGGCUUGGGCUCGGGCAAAGACAAAUGCAACUACUUCGCCAUGAAGGCCUGGCGAACCACUCAGGAUGGGGCCUCGGGUGGCACGGCCACACCCACCGCCCAACCCGUCCCAUUGAAUCCUCAUCUGAUCACGGGCACGGGCUGGAUAUCGGAAUUGACGCCCCGGAAAGGCGUGCUGACCUUUGAACGCGUCCAGGGCGGCGAUGAACGGGUGCUCUUUCUGGCUUCCAAAGUCUAUUUCUUCGAGAAACGCCUGGGAGCCAAGCAAUCUUUAUUUGACCUGUGUACCGAGGGGGACAACCUCCAAUUCGAGGCUGUACCUUCAGAAAACGUGGAUACCUCCACGCUAUUUUGUGCCUGGUUCGCUACGUUAGUGUGGAAAGGCCGGAAACCCGCCCCUUCCACCCCGAGUGUCGAUGUUGGCAAACCCGGGGGCCUCAUUCCCGGCCAUCAACCGCGACGAUCUUCCUUGGGUUCGUCGGAGCAUUCCAUAGAGUUGACCACGCCCGUGCCAUCAGAUGAGGCCGUGCAUUUAGACUUUGUCAAUGGACGGGUGAGUGACACGCUCAUCAAGGGCGUGGGCCAGAUUGCCAAGAUCAUCAACGACAAAUCGGGCGUGAUUUGGUGGCUCAAGAACGGGAGCUGCAUUCAGAGCGUGUGGUUCGAGGCCAAGCAGACAUUUUUGUACGGAUCCAAUUUGGCGGAUAAGAGCUUACAGCAGGUGUUCAAAGCAGAUGAUCCGGUGUUGAUCUUGGCCGAGUUGGCGCCCUCCAAUUUUCCCACCAAAUGGUUGGCCAAACAAGUGAUUGUGAAUGACUACAGUACCUCUAUCGUGGACCGGAUAAUGAAGAGCUUUUCACCCGUUGAUGCUUCAACGAAUCAGCCCGACGAAUCGAUGGAUCAUUGAGGGGCAGAUAGUCAUCAAAUCAACCGGCAUUAAUAUUUCAAUCUUCUGCGAUUCUAAUUACAAAACACUUGUUCAUUUCCAUGA